AUGCAAUCCCUCUUCCGUACGACCGCCCGGUUCGCCCGCCCAAGUCCAUCAAACCCCUUGCUGACCCGCACCACCCUCCCAACAACGCGUCUCUAUGCCUCCCAAUCCUACGGCGGCGACGACAUGACCGGGCAUGCCAAAUCCGACCAACCGAACCCGAAAGCGGACCUCGAGCACCCCGGCCCAGAAUCCCCAGCUUCAAAGGGAGGCAGCGCCUCCUCCACCUCCCAGUCAGAUGAUCCGAAAAAAUAUUCCCCACCAUCGACCCCCUCAGGCUCUACAGGGAUCAAGCAGGGAGAAGAAUCCACAGACUCGGACCCCAAGACUUCUCAUGGCGGUAGUCCUGCGAUCAAUGAUCCGGGCCCGGCGCCCGAGAACCAAAGUGAGGAGGUGAGGAAGCAUAAUGAGGCGGUGGCUAAGAGUCAUGAUAGGCCGGUGAAUCAGAUUGAUAAGGAUGGGAAGGUGGAGAAGGGGUAUUGGCAGGGUAAUGUGGGUCAUUAG